AUGGCAGGCUUCUUCAGCAAAAUCAAGAGCAGCUCGGUGCCGAGUCCAACCGCUACCAAAGAUGCGGUCGCGAAGAAGAAGGAGGAGCCCUCACCUGAGGUGACUCCCCUAGAGAAGAUGCUGCAGAACGCUGGACCUCUCCGGACGGAUGGUAGUGAUAGGUUCUAUGGCUUCGAGAACUUUGGUAAUACCUGCUAUUGCAACUCCGUCGUACAGGCGCUAUUCUUCAAUGAAGUCUUCCGGGACCAUGUUGUCAACUACCCAUCUCUCUCGCCUUCAGACACUGCCGAUGGCACCAGACCACGGGUCAAUGUCACGAUACGACCGCCUGCCGUUGCGGCGCCACCCGCCAACCAGCAGAAUGGGAACAAGAAGAAUCUUAGUACAUCACAGACUCUAAAGCAGAGGGCUGCUAUCAACGCUGGUGCUCUAGCCACGGGGCAGACAAUUCGCCCGGAGGACAAGCCCGAUACCCCGGAAUACAAGAAAAAGCAGGCCAUGCUAAAAGGCCCGAUCCUUGAGCUGGCGGAGGAACGGAAGGAGGCUUAUGGUAUGGACGAGAACACAUUCACAGGUCUCAAGGACAUCUUCCUGGCCCUCAUGGACAGCACAGGAAGGACCGGUGUCAUCAGCCCCCAGCGUUUCCUUGAGAUCUUCAAGCGCGACAACGAGAUGUUCCGAAACUCCAUGCACCAAGAUGCGCACGAAUUUUACGGUCUCGUCCUGAACGACAUCAUCACAAAUGUCGAAGAGAAUGCCCGCAAGAUGCAAUUGGAGGCGGCUCCUGGAGACAGCAGCCUGAAAGACUCCGUCCAAAAUGCGUUAGGAUCUGGGUUGAUGAAUGGCAUGCAAUCUCCCGGCACUGGCUGGGUACACAACAUCUUCGAGGGUCUGCUUACCUCAGAGACGCAGUGUCUGUGUUGCGGGACUGGCUCCCAGCGUGACGAGACAUUUCUGGAUCUGUCCAUUGAUCUCGAGGAGCAUUCGUCAGUCACUUCAUGCUUGCGCAAAUUUUCAGACGACGAGGUUCUCUGUGAGCGUAACAAGUUUCACUGCGACACUUGUGGUGGUCUCGAGGAGGCUGAAAAACGCAUGAAGGUCAAGCGUCUUCCAAAGGUACUCACUUUGCACUUGAAGCGCUUCAAAUACACAGAGGACUACAGCCGGCUGCAGAAGCUGUUCCACCGAGUAGUCUAUCCAUACCACCUCCGCCUCUUCAACACGACUGAGGAGGCUGAGGACCCCGACAGGCUUUACGAACUGUAUGCCGUCAUUGUCCACAUUGGCGGCAAUGCCUACCACGGUCAUUACGUCUCCAUCAUCAAGACCAAGGACCGCGGCUGGCUCUUGUUUGAUGAUGAGAUGGUGGAACCCGUAGACAAGCACUUUGUGCGCAACUUCUUUGGUGACAAGCCUGGCAUGGCGACAGCCUAUGUGCUCUUUUACCAGGAAACCACGUUCGACAAAGUGCGUGAAGAACAGGAGAAGGAAGGCUUGGAAGAAGUACUGCUGGCCACCCAGGCUGCAAACCUAGGCCUUGAGGAAAGCGAGAGAAAGGAGAAGGAGAAGGCCGAGGCGAAUGGACUGCGCAGACAGACAACACAGCCGAUCCGACCAAUUCACGACCCUGAGCCGGCCAUUGAGCUUACACGGGCAAGCACCACGCCCGAGAUCUCAUCAGCUGCAACGCCCCAGUCACCUGCUAUCGAAACGAAUGGCGCGGCUACCGCCCCAAAGCCGUCCGCUGUCAUCCCCACCAUCCAUGAGAAGCCUGAGCCUGCCAGGUCGGAGAAGCAAUCCAAGGAGGACGCGAAACGGGAGAAGAAGGAGCGCGAGGCAGCUGAGAAGGCUGCCAAGGCAGCGAUGAAGCAGGCCGAGAAGGGCCAAAAGGAACAAGAGAAGGCAAACCAAAAGCGACAAUACGAUGAGCGUAUGGCGACGAUUCAGGCGCGACAAAACGAGCAGGCCGAAUAUGAAAAGGUCAUUGCCGCAAGCAAGAGAUCGGCAGCAGACGAGGAGUCGGCGCGGAAACGAGAAAACGGCGAAUCGAGUCCGUUCGGAUUCCUGGACCGGCAUAAGCGAGGCAGCAAAUCCAUGGCCAAGCGCAUGUUCUCGCGCGGGGACAAGCACGAGCGACCUGGAACGAGCGACACAGCGAACGGCGACUCAUCGCCGCCGCCUGAGCAAAGAAGCAGGCUAAGCAGUGCGUUGGGGAGAAAGAAGAGUAGCAAUCUGCUCUCCUGA